AUUCUUAUCCCCCUAUCAGACCCAUACAUCUAUAUGAACGUACACGCCGUAGGACGGCACUGUCACUGAUCAACUAGUCCGUUUCUUUACGUUUUCCGACUUGAUCAUCGAGUCCCAUUGAGGAAUUUCAUCGAACAGAUUGUGAGCAAAAAAAAAAAAAUGCUGGGGAAUGGAGUGAUAGGGAUACUGGCAGAGUCAGUGAACAAGUGGGAGAGAAGGGCGCCACUGACACCAGCGCACUGCGCUCGGCUUCUUCACGGCGGGGAUGCAAAUGGAGUGGCUCGCAUAAUCGUGCAGCCAUCCACGAGGCGGAUCCAUCACGAUGCUAUGUAUGAAGAAGUUGGCUGCCAGAUUUCAGAAGAUCUCUCCCAGUGCGGUCUCGUCGUCGGCAUUAAACAACCCAAGCUGGAGAUGAUCCUGCCUGAUAGAGCUUAUGCCUUCUUUUCUCACACUCACAAGGCUCAGAAAGAGAACAUGCCUUUGUUGGACAAGGUUCUAGCUGAAAGGGUAACGUUGUACGAUUACGAGCUCAUCGUCAAGCCUGAAACUGGGAAAAGGAAGCUUGCCUUUGGGAAUUAUGCUGGCAGAGCUGGAUUGGUCGAUUUCUUGCAUGGUUUAGGCCAGAGAUAUCUGAGCCUUGGCUACUCCACUCCGUUCCUUUCGUUGGGCGCGUCGUACAUGUACUCUUCACUGGCUGCUGCUAAAGCUGCUGUGAUUUCUGUUGGUGAAGAGAUAGCAAGUCUUGGAUUGCCUUCAGGAAUCUGUCCUUUGGUAUUCAUUUUCACUGGUUCGGGAAAUGUUUCGCAAGGAGCACAAGAAAUAUUUAGGCUACUUCCCCACACAUUUGUUGAGCCAAGCAAACUCCCAGAACUAUUUUCCCUAGCAAAGGAUGCUCCAUCAUCAAUGAAGACAACAAAGAGAAUUUUCAAAGUCUAUGGUUGUGUUGUUACUCCCCAAGACAUGGUCCAACACAUUGAUUCUUCGAAACCAUUUGACAAAGCAGACUAUUAUGCUCAUCCAGAGCAUUAUAAACCGAUUUUUCAUGAGCGUAUAGCCCCAUAUGCAUCUGUGAUUGUCAAUUGCAUGUACUGGGAGAAAAGGUUUCAUCGGUUGCUGAGUACUCAACAGCUUCAAGAUCUAAUGAGGAAGCAAUGUCCACUAGUUGGCAUUGCUGAUAUAACCUGCGAUAUUAAUGGCUCCUUAGAGUUUGUAAACCAAACAACAACCAUUGAUUCACCAUUCUUCAGAUAUGACCCGGAGAAUGAUUCUUACUAUCAUGAUAUGGAGGGUAGUGGAGUCAUCUGUUCUUCUGUUGACAUCCUUCCUACAGAGUUCGCGAAAGAGGCAUCCCAACAUUUUGGAAAUAUACUGUCACAAUUUGUUCGCAGUUUGGCCUAUACCACCAACAUUCAGAACUUACCCGCAGAUUUGAGGAGAGCUUGCAUAGCCCAUGGAGGAAAACUCACUUCAUUAUACGAAUAUAUUCCUCGUAUCAGAAAAUCUGAAUCUGGAGAUGUACAAGAUAAUGCAGUGAAUUCAAACUCUAGCAGGAAGAAAUUCAAUAUAACGGUCUCUCUUAGUGGUCACUUAUUCGAUAAGUUUCUCAUAAAUGAUGCACUCGAUAUUAUUGAAGAAAAAGGAGGCUCCUUUCACUUGGUGAAGUGUCAAGUCGGUCAAAGUGCUAAUGAAACAUCCUUGUCCGAAGUGCUAGUUGAGGCAGAUGACAAGGAAGUUUUGGAUCAGAUCAUAGACUCUUUGAAUUCUCUAGCCAAUCACGAUAAACAUCAAGGACAUUUUGGCAAACAAGAGAACAAUAUUUCUGUCAAAGUCAGUAAAAUCCAAGAAAAUGACAUGAAAAAAGAAUGUGAUGGGAAAAGGAAAGCUUCUGUUCUUCUUAUUGGCGCUGGCCGAGUAUGUCGACCUGCUGUUGAAUUCCUAGCAUCAGUUGGGAGUGAUGCAGCCUCCGAGUGGUAUGAAGCAUGUCUGGAUGUUGAUGAACAGAAAGAUAUUGAAGUUAUUGUUGCAUCCCUCUUCGUCAAAGAUGCACAAGAGAUCACAGAAGGUAUCCCAAAUGCCACAGCAGUUCAGCUAGAUGUCUCAGAUCAGGAAAGCCUGUGCAAGCUUAUUUCACAGGUUGGGGUUGUAAUUAGCUUACUGCCUGCUAGUUGUCAUGUCAUUGUUGCUAAUGAGUGCAUAAAGCUUAAGAAGCACCUUGUCACUGCUAGCUACGUUGAUGAUCGUAUGUUAGCAUUGGAUACAAAUGCGAAAGCGGCUGAUAUCACCAUCCUUGGGGAAAUGGGAUUGGAUCCUGGAAUCGAUCAUAUGAUGGCCAUGAAGAUGAUAAACGAAGCUCGUAUGCGCAAUGGGAGAAUCAAAUCCUUCACUUCUUAUUGUGGAGGACUUCCAUCACCGGCCGCGGCAAACAACCCUUUGGCCUACAAGUUUAGCUGGAGUCCUGCAGGAGCCAUCCGAGCUGGGCGCAAUCCAGCCACCUACAGAUAUAAUGGUCAAAUCGUGCAUGUUGAUGGUGACGACCUGUACGAUUCAGCUGCCACUUUCAGGAUCCCAGACCUUCCAGCUUUCUCCUUGGAAUGUCUUCCAAACCGUGACUCGUUGGUUUAUGGGAAGCUAUAUAGGAUACAAGAUGAAGCUGCAACCAUCUUCCGUGGAACGCUCCGCUACCAAGGGUUUGGCAAGAUAAUGGCAACCCUAGCCAAAAUCGGCCUUUUCGGCACUGAACCUCAUCCCCUCCUUGUCGACGGAGGAAGUGCAACCUACAAGACGUUUCUGUGUGAUCUUUUUGGACUGGAGAGGGAAAAGCCAGUUGGGGAGCAAGAAAUUGUUGAAAGACUUACCAAACUGGGACAUUCCAAGGACCCAGGAACUGCAGCCAUGGUAGCAAAAACAUUAAUGUGUUUAGGACUUCAUGAGGAAACUGAAGUGCCUAGUACAUGCAAGACUGCAUUUGAUGUUGCUUGUUCCCGAAUGGAAGAAAGGUUGGCCUAUUCGGGCAGUGAACAGGAUAUGGUGCUUUUGCAUCACGAGUUGGAGGUGGAAUUCCCUGAUGGGCAGCCUGCAGAGAGUCACAGAGGCACGUUGCUGGAAUUCGGGAGUACCAAAGAUGGGAGAACCACCACAGCCAUGGCUCUCACUGUUGGUGUUCCAGUAGCCAUUGGAGCUCUGCUGUUGUUAGAGAACAAGAUCAAGAGCAGAGGUGUGCUCCGGCCAAUUGAACCGGAAGUUUAUGAGCCAGGUAAGUCUGUAAACAAGCUGCUUGCUGCACUGAAUGUACAUCAAGAUUCUUGUUUUUCAUAUUACUUCUGUUUGCGGUUUCCCAGCACUGGAGAUCUUACAAGCAGUUGGCAUCAAGUUCAUUGAGAAGGUAAACUAAACGGACCUCAGUUUGCAGGGGAUGCAUAUUGUACAGUUUCAGCCUUUGGAUAGAGCAAGUUCUGAUGAGAUAGGUAUGUGUACUGGUGAACAUAUGAAAUGAACAUAUUGUACAGUUUAAGCUUAUUUGAUGAUAUUAAGUCAUGGAUUCUGCUUAUUUCCAAAAAGUAAAUUAUAGGGUACCAUGUCAUGGCAUCACUCACCAAAGCUCUAUUAUCUUAUCGUCUGUAAAUUUCUUUUCUUUAUUUGUGAUUUUACCUUCAAAGAUCAUGUAUAUUAUUGUAUAUUGUAACUGCUAUAUCUAUUAAAAAAAGCUUAUUUGAUGAUAAAUCUACUAUCUUGACCUAUU